AUGGACUGCUGGAAGGCUGAGGUAGCGACGCAAGCCAGUCGGCUACUCGGGAACUUGGCGCAACCCCAGGAACCUCUAAUGGACUGCUGGAAGGCUCCAGUAGUGGUGCAACCCCUUCGUCUUCCUCGGGGCUUGGCAACUCCCUGGGAACGUCUGUUUGGAGCGCCGCAGUCGCCUCAGCGUCUGCCUCCCGAGGGUUUUUUCAAAGUUCGUCCACCGGCGUCUGGAGGGCGCUUAGGCGCAGAGCUUGAGACUCUUCGAGCAGAUGCGGUUUCGCCCACAUGCCGGCCGGAGAAUCCUGCAGUGCCUCGUGCCGGCUAA